AAAGUUAAUAAAUUUAUGAAAGAACUAUUAAAAAGCUUUUUCAAUUUAUUGAUAUCUGGUUUUAUUGUAUUUUGUAAAGUUUUAUGUAAUGUUAAAUAAAAGACUAUAUACAUAUGUAUAUAUGAAAUUUCAAAUGAUAUAUUCAACGAAAAGACUUGUCAAACUCAUUGUUGACACACACCGGCAGGAUAAUGACAUUUACAUUUUGACAUGCAAUCGGCUUUUGUUUUUUUUUUUGUUGUCAGACAACUGAAUUGCAAAACGCUCACUCAAAGUGCUGUGAGAAGCUGAUAAUUGAAAUCAACACAAAAUAGAGUAUGAACAAUGAAGUGCAGCUUUCAUGGAAUAUAAAAUGCGUACGAAGGCUAAAUAAACUUUAUUUUGUAGAUGUUGCCACUAAGUAAUUCUGUGAGAAUUACAUUGGCAAUUAAAGUAUCUUUUACUCGACUGCUUUAAAGGCAACAGCUGCUUGAACAUGCAAACACUGAUGUCUCACACACGCUGCGCUUCCUUGGCCACCAGCCGAGCUGAGUCGAGUCGAAGGACACCGACUUGUGUCAAUUUGCAUAUUUAUUACAUCAACAUAUUGUGCUUUUAUAUGCGGGCAUGCCUUUGUAAGUUCAUAUUUAUUUAGAUGUGUGUGUGUAUGCUCUGUGCAGCCACACAUGAACAACUUUCAGCUGCAACAACAACACCAAACGAACUGCCGCUUCAAAAAAGCAAUUCAUUUAGAAGUUGAAUAAAUUAAUUUACAACAAUUUAUUGCAUAUGCAACACACAAACACAUACACAAGUAAAUAUAUAUGCUUUAACAGUGGAGAAGAAGCAGAGGAGCAAACAAACGUUUCUGCAUUUAUGCUGGUCGGAUCGAGCAAGCGAAUGAAUGACAUAGAAUCAACAGCGUUUAUGUUGAUGGUUACACGCUUUAUACAGAAAUUCAUAUGUGAAAACUGGCGGUAUAAAUACCGCUUGUAAGGCUGUUAGAGCAUGCGGUUUAAGCAUUCAAAUGAAUAGGAAUAGAAUACGAAAUCAUAUGUGAAUGUGUACUUGUGGUGCACACUGCCACCACAUCAACCGGGUAGCCGAAAUGGCAAAGUGUGUGCUUGUCAUGGCAAAAACUCGUCAGCAUUUAAUAAGCAGCGCUCGCAAGCAGUCAUUCACAACGAUUGCAUACUUUUAGGCAGCGAGCUCUGACGAGUUAGAUGCUUCAACCAACAACAACUUGCAUGUUGCGCAGUGUUUAUUUAUUUAUUCAUAUAUGUAUGUGUGUGUUAUUUUUGUGCAAUAAUGCACAUUAGUAUGAAUGCGCAUUUAUAUUCUAGAGAAGACUAAACUAUCUCAACUAAUCUUUUCUAAAGCUCUUAAUGUUAAUUACACACAAGUGAGUAGCAGUUACAUGCGGCUUUUGUAAGUUUUGUGCUGUGAUUCUUCGCAUGAAAAGCCGCCAUAUACUCGUACAUAUGCGUAGUUAGUGAUAAUUAGGAAAUAUAUUCAUAUGUUGAAAAAUUCUUCAAUUUAUUAAAAUUUCGAGAAAUAUGAACUUAUCUCAUCAAUAUCUAGUUUUAAACUGCAACAUUUCUUAUAACAACAUUAGACCUCUAGUUUUGUCGGAACCGUGGAAUUUUAAAAUUCCGUUAUUUUCUUUGUUCUAGAAUCCUGAAAGAUACUGUAAAAAACCAUAAGAAAAUCAUUAUUCCUAAAAAUAUUUAGAAACAAUUUUGGAAUUUCAAGAAAAUUUUUCUCCUUUUCUUUUCUAAACCUUCUCUCUGUGUAAGGCGUGUUAAUUAUGCUCGCUUGUCCUUUCGCUCCUAACAAAACCAGGUAAAAAAAAUUGAAUUAACUUCAUUGUUACUUGAUUCAUAGUUUUCGGUUAAGAAAUUCGCUUUUGUUUCAUCUUUUGCGGAAAUUUGAAAACUUUUAAGUUUUUCCGACGAAAACAGCAUUGCAAAUACAUAGUUGAUUCUCUAGAACAAUAGAAGAUGAAUUGUGGCAUUUCCGCGCCUUCGAUCGCGGUCAAUACACAUUAGGGAUUGUCUACCUGUUUCUAGAUCACCUUAAAAUACAAAGGUCAAAAUAGGAACAUUUUCGAAAUUUCUACCUGUUCGACAGGUAAAAACCCUUUUACUAUAUAGGAAAAAAAGGGUAUAAAACCUGAGAUCCUUUGCACUUCAUCAUCAAACUUGUACGAUCUACAAACGUGUUAACAACUCCCAAGAACUCCAGAAAAAAACUUAAAAAUGGCAGACCGUUCCUACUGCAAUAAUACCUCCCGCUGCCCUCUAUGUGAAGAAUCCAUAGCCAGCAAACAGUUGAAACGUCGUCGCGAAUUCGAAGCUACUUUGAAUGUCGCCAAGAAGCAGCGCACCGAAGCGCCCAUCGAUUUACUUAUGAUCCAACUAUUCAUAUAUCACGUGCUAAGGCAGCAAUUCGAAGCAGCUGCAAGAGCACAACAGCUAGGGACUGUAGUUAAAAAGGAACCAGAGGAAAACUGGACUUAUGACAAUAAUGGAACACCUGGAGUAGCAGCACCAACUGAGACCUCAGAUACAGUCCAGAUAGGACCGAAUGGCACUACUGUGUCCAGAGUUGACUUUGAGAAGCUGCGUGAGUGCAGCGCUUCGCUGGCCACACGCAAUCUGCUCGCUUUGAUCUUCGAUCGCCAGACACUGGCCACCCACUCGCUGAGUGGCAAACCCUCACCCGCGUUCCGUUACGAGGAACGCAUGCUAAAGGGGCAGUUGGAUACCAAGAAAGUGUCUGACAUAAUUCAUUGCAUUCGAAAUACCUUCAAUUACUCCGAGAAGGAUAUUCGUUCAACGAUCACCAUGAAAUGUGCCGACGUGGCCAGAACGUUCAAAGUCAAGGAAAACAAAAAUAAAGAGAACUGAGAACUGUUUUAGAAAUAGAAUUGUUAGAUGUUUAGGAUUUGAAUAAUGUAUGAGUUAAUAUUUGAUAGAAUAAAACAUGUAGCUUGUAAAUGAAUUGUGUUGUUUUUAGAUUUACUAGUUUCUAAGGAUGUAUUUAACAAAAAACAUUUACAAAAGCCAAAAAGCUAAACAGAGUGAAAGCAAUAAAGUUUGGCUUGUACUUUAUGGCCAGCGAGCAAGCUCAUAAUAAAACAUAUAAAAAUACUAGAAAUGAAAUUUUGUUUUAAACAGGCACAAUGGCAAAACAGAUAUAAUAAAUCGCUUCAUUAAAGACAGAUAAAAAGGCAUUUUUUCAUGUAGUGCUGACCGUAUGAGGUCACAUACGUGCUCGCUCGGCUCGGUGGCAUUCCUACAACCGCUAAACAAAUAGAAAUGGAGUAUAAAGCUAGGAAAAGGGUUUCAUUUAAUAAUAAACUUAAAAUGAUCAUGAAAAGGAAUGCGAGACUGUAAACACGACUGUGGCGAACCGAAAUGCACAGUUGCUGGAGCAAUGAUGAAAGAAAGGCAGGCACUGGCAAAAUGGCAGCAUGAGCACAAACAGCGAAAGGGCCGAGUAAACAAAAUAUGAUUAAAUUUUAUGUGGUGUAAGUUUAGGAGGCUCACAACGGUACAUGGAAGAGGCGCAGCUGAGUGAGUGAGAGCUUCACCAUUGUGUUUGUGAAGCGAGUGUGAUGGAGUUAUGUGGCUGUUUGUAUAGUUGUAUGAGAUGGCAUUUAGUUACUAGUCACUGGUGGACUGAGAACAUGAAGUAGAAGUGACAAAUAUUUUUUUUAGUUAUUGUUACUCAUUAGCACAGUAUGAACAGUACAGAAAAACAGGCCAUAAAAUAUUUUUAAUUUUCUAUUUAAAUAAGUUAAUUUAAAAAAACAAAAUGAAUAUAUGAAUAUUAAAAAUAAAAUUUAAAAGUUAACACGACUGCAGCGGAUUUUGCAUUCAAGCGUUUGUAAUUAAUGAAAACGUACUGCAAAAGUAUCAAAUAAAGACACACACACAGCCAGACAUUAUUCCACGCCAUGCAAAUUGCAAGCACUAACACCACCACACAUACACUUUCACAUUCACAUAUAAGAGAAUGACAGACAAUGUCGCGUGAAGGACAACAUCGAAAAGCAAUAAAUAAUCAACGACAAAUUAAUUUUCACGGACAUGUAAAAAAUGUAAUUUGCUUGCGUGCAUUGAUCCGCGAAAAGCGCACAGUGUGUGGCAUGUUGCAACAACAAUGAACCAAAAAACGAAAAACAUCACUGAAACAAGCAGCAAGCGAUCAGAACGCAAUGCCAAAGAACUCAAAAAAAUAGUUAAACUUUAAAUAACUUCACAUGAGAGAGAUGUAGCUAUGCGCUUUUCUUUCCACAAGCAUUAUGUAAGCCGUUGUAUGCGCAUAAUAUGUUGUUUUAAAGUGUGUAAAUACGACUUGUAACGUCUAUAGCCGCACACACUCGUGCUUAUGUGCAUUUUCCGGGCCGACAACUGCACAAAGGGAUGUGAAUCCGCAAUGUUCCUUGUUGGAAAUGAAAAUCAGUACGCAUGACAAUGGUAUAUAGAUGGUACAUGAGGAGAGUGUUUUUCAAAUAGAUACCUCUAGAUGACUUAAAGUUUCCAAAUUUCUUAAAGCUAUAUGAAGAAAUAUCGUCCUUAUAUCUACCGAUUCCAUUGAAACCGAAUACUCGAUUCACUCUGUAUUCAAUUUGUACUUCAACUUACCCAUCAAAUGAUACCAAGAAACUUAUUCGAAAACACUUCUUCAUUAAAGCUUUUGAUGCAUGACAUAUUUUUCCAACAUGGCACUCUCAUUUGCAAUCAUAUGUAGGCAACACUCCACAUAGGGGAGCCUCUAAACCAAUGACAAUCAGGUCCGGCUCUUUAAUCUCCAAAGCACACAAAAUGAACAAAACGGCCAUUGUGGCAAUGAGUUGAAGCGUUAAAGGAAACAUGCUUGUUUGUUCGGCGAACAUGUCCUACACUCACGAGAGUGUGGAGACUAUUGUGUUGUUGCCUUUGUAAACAAGCGUUGGUAAUGCGUUAAGCGACUGAGCGAGCGCUCAGGAUGCGUACGAAAUGCUAUGCGGAAAUUUAAUUUUAAACACACACACACAAAGGAAUACAUAUGUGCGAAAGUUUGAACAAAGAAUGUAGGAAAUUGAAAGAAAAGUGACAUAACACAGGGAAGAGAAGAAAAGCUUAACUGCCGAAGACUAAAAUUCCAUUGAAGGAUAGUGCAAAGACAUUUAAUUGAUGAAAUAUAAAUGUUGAAUUUAUUUUAUCAAUUUAUAUCAGUAUAAGAAUUAAGUGUUUUAAAUAAGUGGAAACCUUUUCCAAAAUCAUAUAUGAUUCAUUAGAUGCCUAUAUUAGGUUAUAAAAUUUCAUCAAUUUAAUUGCCAAAACAAAUUUAAAUACUUUAAUUUUGAAAAUUGUAAACAUGUGGCAACCUUAUUUAAUUUUUUUAUUCUUAAAUUCCUUAAGUAAAUGUAUUGAAUUAAAAUUUAUUAACAGGUGGCAACCCUAUUUAAAAUUUUUAACGGUUUACAAUUUCUCAGCCACCUUCAAUUUGAAAUCUAUAUUAUCCUCUUUUCAAUCAAAAUUUCAUUUCAACCAAAAUAAAAUAAAUUUACCUCAAAUAUUAUACCAAAUUCGAGGUAUUUACCUCAAAUAUUAUAAAUAAAAUUAAUCAUUAAACACACAUUCAAUAAUUGAAAUAUAACAUUUACAUAUUUUUUUGGAAAUAAUUAAUUUCUCAAAAAUUCGCCCAUUAAUAAAUUUCCGAAUUCACACCAACCACUGGAAAUUUAAUUUCGACUUCAACGCGAAUUAUUGCCUCUCAUCACAUUGACAAGUGGCGGCGACAGCAAAACGCCCAUAGCCUCAAGAGCCCACACCACAGCCCGGCGGCUCGUAAAUGCCGCUUCCACUGUACUAAGGAAUGCCACUUCUCUUAAGUGUGCCCUCAAGCUGAAGGCCGGUAAGGUCAAUAACAUCAUUUCCUUUAUCACCAAACAAAAAUACAACAAUAAUAGCAGCAGUAUGCAGCCGAACGAAAUCAAGUAAUUGCGCCCUUCUUAACAAGCCUAAAGAAGAGAGCCUACAACAAAAACAAAAACAAACGAAGAAGCAACAGCCGACUGAAGAAAGAACAAGGAUAAGGGUUAAGGCGGAGACUAGACAGACGACGAUGACAAUAAAAACAACACAAAAUUUAACAACAAAAUCAAUGACAAGUUGACGACCAAGGAGGGAGAGGACGACACUGAAAUGUACAACAAAUAAUUUGAGACUCUUUUAGACACUGGACACCACUGAAAAGAGGCGGGCCAACUUAUAUGUAUUUACACGUUAUAAGCAACUUCGCAGUCAACCGUUAUGUAGUACGAGGCAAUGACUUUGGAAAUAUGUGUUUAUAGAAAGUUUACUUACUUUUUCCCCCUUUCACCGCUGCCCUCUCGGUUCCACUACGGGCAGCAUAAUUUAUUUAACCACUUUGUAACGGAGCAAUCAAUUUAGAAAUGGCGAAAUUUGCUAUUUAGUAAGGGACGUAAUAAGUAAUAAAUUGAGUCUGAAUGUAAAGCGAGAACGUUUGUGGACAAAGUUACAACGGCACUUUGAUUGUAAUGGUCUGAGAUGUGGUCAUUACUAGCGGAAUAUGAAAACGUUGCGUAAAAGAAAACUUGCAAAUGGAAGUUCAAAUAUUUAUAUUUGGACAGAAGAUUCAAGGUGGAGAGCAGUGUAAUAUACAAUCAAUUUUAUAAGACGAAGACAAGAGAAAAUUAGUAAAAGAAAGUAUAUUAAAGAUGAUAUGGCUGGUAAUAAAAUCUUGAUAUCGGAGCCAAAUUAAUAUUUCUUAUCGCACAAAAUAUCUUCAAAACCUUCUAGAUAUUCGGUUAUUAGUGCUAGCUGAUUUCCAAUUAAUAAAAACACAAAAACA